CCGGGAACUUAAAAAUCUUAAUUGUAAUAGGCUCCGCGUCGCUUAUCUGGUGAGUCACGGGGCUUAUCUGCCGAUAUGCGCCCCGAUCGGGCGAAGGAUCGUCUGUUCAGCUCUCGUGAUGUGUGAGGGGUGACUUGUCCUCGCGCUCUUCUACUCUUGGCUUAUUGCUUUUUCCUCUCUCAGCGUCUCCCUUUCUCUCUUCUUCUCAUCUUGGUCUCUCUCUAGACUCUCCUUUAAGACUCCAGUCUUUUCAUUUGCUCUUUGUUUCCUCUCAACUCGAUCUCUACACGUUCCCCGCGGCCCCGGAUCGCCUGCUCACUUCCCCAGAUCGGCUCUCUCCAUCCUCGCCGAUAACGCAGGUCGCGGUCCUCAGCCGCGUCCUCGUUUGAACGAACCCGCCGGAUCAUGACGGUGACUCUAUUCCAGUCGCUUAUAUCAGGGUCGCUACCGGAUCACUGCGAGCCUUCCUCGCCCGUUCUGACCGCUAUCUCAUCGCACCUCCACAUCUGCCUCCCCACCCCACUCGCGCUGAUCUCAUCCGUACUUGGAACUCUCAGUAUCGUCUCAUGGCUGUUCGCCCAACUCCCGCAGAUCUAUAAGAACUACCAACUACAGUCCACUUCGGGUCUAUCAAUAUUUUUCUUGGUCAUCUGGUGUGCCGGAGACGCAAGUAAUCUCGUCGGGGCAAUCUUCACUCGCCAGGCAGGGUGGCAGGUCGUGGUCGCGAGCUAUUAUGUCUUCGUUGAUGUCACACUGGUGACCCAGUUCUUCUGGUACACACAUUAUAAAUCGCGCCGUCAUGCGGGGUACAACGAGGUGCCAUACUCGCACGACCACCAUUCGCGAGGCGAGGUUCUGCAAGGUGUGGCUUUGUCCGGCGACGAUGUGACCCACCCGCCGCCGACACCGGUCGACAUGACGCACAAGAAGUCGGAGGUUCAGGAUAUGGGUGUGCAGACUGGUUCAACACUAAAUUCGAACCUUGGUCGCACGCCGCCUUACAAUACCGAGAAAUUCAGCUCCCCACGCCGCUCGGUGCGUGUGACCAGCACCUCGACUAGCCCGCCGUUCGCGCUGCCCCGAACAAUGCUUAUCGCCUCGCUGCUCUGCGCCGUGCUUGCCAAUGCCAGCCCUAGUCACCCCACGCCAUCACCAUCACCACACCCUCCCAUUUCUCACGCCCCUCGCGAGGCUAUACUCGAGGUCGUGGGUCGUAUUUUCUCUUGGAUGUCGACAUUCCUUUAUCUCGGCUCGCGGCCCCCACAACUUUAUAAGAACUAUUGCCGCAAGAGCACCGAGGGUCUCUCUCCAUUGCUAUUUAUGGCUGCUUUUUGCGGAAACCUUUUCUACUCUUCCUCUCUUCUAACCAAUCCCAACGCCUGGGCUGAUCUCGCUCCCUACGGCGGCGGUGGCUGGGCUGAUGAGCACGGCAACGACCGUUGGGAGUGGAUUGGGCGUGCGAUUCCAUUCUUCCUUGGCGCAUUUGGCGUGCUUGGAUUAGACGGGUUCAUGGGCGUGCAGUUCCUCAUGUAUGGUCCCCAGGAUGUCGACGACGACAGUGUCAUUGGCGCCGACGAUGAAGAUCCCAAGCGUGGCCGCGGCCAGUGGAGGCGUGUCCGUGGCUGGAUGCGCGGCUGGAUUCCUUCGGUUUCCCCUACACGCAGUGAGUGUGGGCGUGAGUCAGCUGCGCAGGAGGAGCAGGCUCUUCUGCGCUCAGACCGUCAGCAGUAUGGGACUGUUUGAGGAUGCACGAUGCAUAUUUUUUUGCGUAUUCUUUUUUUCUUGCAAUUGUUCGUCCUCGAUUGGAACGAGACGGAUUAUGAUACAUCACGAUUUUGAUGACCUUGUAAUUUGAUCACACCCACUUGAAUUUUCAUUCCAUCGCAUGUUGCUUUUAUAUUAUUAUCUCUGGUCUUUCUUCUCUUAUCCCUUGUUGCAACUGCAUUGUUCUGUGCUAGGCUACUUUGAGUCUGACUCAUAUUGUGAUUAUGCAUUCCGGGUUUCCUCGAGUCGUGUUUAUUCUUGGCGUUUUUCUUGAUGGUUUUGGGCUUCGGGAGAGAUGAAUAGAUACAUGUGCUGUUGUACCACUAGACAUUGGUGUUAGAUCUCCGAUCAGGAUCUUAGUUCUGUCUGCCCUUAUCAUUAUACAUUCUAGCAAUAUAAAUGUCGAUUAUGUUGAGAGCCUUCUGAUGAAGCUAUUCUUAGAUCGUC